AUGCCCAAGCAAACAGCAGUGACGAUUACUUUGGCGACCCUGCUGGGUGUUGCAGUGGGGGGCCUGGUUUUGUGGAAAGCAUCACAGCGUCGGAAAGGAAAAGCAUGCUGUAGUAGUCAGCGAGAGGAAGCAGUUAUAAACUCGGGAGAUGAGAAAGUGAUUAAGGCAGAGGAUAAGGAGGUGCUUUCCUUCUUCAGAUCUCCCACCUUUUCCUGGGUAGAGAGGACCCUUGGUGCAGAUAUAGUGAUAGUUUCAGAGCAGGAGGAGUGGGAUCACGUUGAACCUUUGCUGAAGAAGGAGCUGGAGAAGCGGCCGGUGCUUGGAAUUGAUUGUGAGUGGGUAUCUGUGGAGGGAAAAGCAAAUCCUGUGUCCCUCCUACAGAUGGCUUCUUCCAGUGGCCUCUGCAUUCUUGUUCGGUUGCCCAGGCUUGUUGCCAAUGGACAGACUAUCCCAAAGACCCUGUUGGACAUCAUGGCAGAUAGUGCUGUGUUAAAAGUUGGGGUAGGAUGCUGGGAAGAUGCUUGCAAGCUACUUCAUGAUUAUGGCCUUCCCGUCAAAGGGAGCGUGGAUCUCCGGUAUUUAGCCAUGAGGCAGCGGAAGGAUCUACUUCACAACUGCCUUAGCCUUAAGUCUUUAGCUGAAAAAGUCCUGAACUGCCCGCUUGACAAGUCUCCUCAUGUGCGUUGCAGCAACUGGGAGGCAGAAGAACUGACGCAAGAUCAGGUUCUCUAUGCUGCUAGGGAUGCCCAGGUCUCAGUGGCUCUGUUCCUUCAUUUGCUGGGAUUUGGCAGCCUCCCUGCUACAUCUGAAGGUGAAAACUCUGACGCUGCUUGGGAAAAAGCACUGGGUAAAUGCCGGGGCUUGGUGGAUAUCCCAUUUAGAGGAAGAAGGAGUGGCAGCACAGGAGAAGAGAAGAGUGGAGAGGGACGCUCCCCUCAGAAAACAAAGAAUCGGAAGUCUUCCAUGAAUGGGCAGCCCUCUGGCAGUCAGCAAGUGAGAGAUCCUCGGAGGCAGAAGCGAAAGCCUCUGGGCGUGGGAUAUUCUGCAAGAAAAUCUCCACUGUAUGACAACUGCUUCCUGCAUGCACCAGAUGGACAGCCCCUGUGCACUUGUGAUCGCAAGAAGGCUCAGUGGUAUCUGGACAAGGGGAUUGGAGAGCUAGUUAGCACAGACCCAUUUGUUGUGAAGCUGCGGUUUGAGCCUUCAGGACGUCCAGAGUCUCAAGUUGAUUACUAUCUGACAGUCAAAGAGAACCUGUGUGUUGUAUGUGGCAAGCGAGAGUCCUAUAUCCGGAAGAACAUUGUUCCUCACGAAUACCGAAGACACUUCCCCAUCCAGAUGAAGGACCACAACUCCCAUGACGUGCUCCUACUCUGCACGUCCUGCCAUGCCAUCUCCAAUUACUAUGACAACCAUCUCAAGCAGCAGCUGGCUGAGGAGUUUGGUGCCCCCAUUGGCUCCGAGGAAGGCGUGCGUCUGCUGGAGGACCCUCUGCGCAGACAAGUGCGCUCGGGGGCCCGAGCCCUGCUGAAUGCAGACAGCCUGCCUGACCCCCGAAGGGCAGAACUUCUGCAAAGCAUCAAGGACUUCUUUAACACAGAGGAGGUCACCCCAGAGAUGCUCCGGGAAGCAGCUGGUCUGGAAACCAGGAUCUGCAAUGAGAGCUACAUGCCACAUGGACUGAAGGUGGUGCAGUGUUUUGCUAAAGGAGGCCUGCGCUCCCUUAUGCAGUUGGAGAGACGCUGGCGGCAACAUUUCUUGGACAGCAUGCAGCCCAAGCACCUCCCAGAGCAGUGGUCAGUGGACCAUAACCACAUGAAGCUGAUCCGAAAGUAUGGGGAGGAUCUUCAGAUCGAGCUGUCUUGAGACUAAUUUCCUGGACUCUAGAUAGUGUCUAAUGGACAUAUGUAACUGAAGGUGGAAGUACUGUUUUUAUUUCUAUGUCUCCACUAACAUCUGGGCCUGGGUUUGCAAACAGGCAGCCAGUGGAUCUGCCAGAUUUGGCAUUUCAUAGAGUUAAAUCUGUUGACUUGAAUUUUCAGGUGGUUUGGAAUUUUUAAUCCUAGUCUGUCGCUGACUAGUUCAGUGCAAGAGUGAUAUGCUAAGGGAACUUGUCUUCUCAAAGUGACUAUGGAGAGUUAUUUUCUACCCCCUAGGAUGGCUGAUGCCUCCAGACCAUCUCUCUUAACACAGAGCACAAUAUGUGAACAUUUCCAGGUUUUCCAACAGAUACAUCUGCGCCCUUAGCUGCACCUUGAAAGUCUCCUGAUAAAAGUCUUUGCUUUCAGUGCAGUUGUACUCAUAUGAGUUCUUCUCAGAGAAGACUCCCUGCCAGAGAGAGAUUCCUUGUUUGGAAGUGGCAAAGAAACCUUACCUUUUUUUUUGCAGAUUCUGAGCUGUAUCAGCAUUGCAUAUAGGCCUUGGUGAGUUUCCUGGUGGCAGGUGCAUGAUGAGAAGCAACAUUUGGACUGUGGCAGUAUGGAAGCACCCAUGUCAAGUCCUCUUAAACAGCUUCCAGCAACACACAGUCUACAGAAAUGUUAUUUCCUACUUCUGUUUGUUUAUCGUGGAUAGCUUUUGGUGGGUACCUUUUCAUAUCAGAAUGAAAUCGGGUCAAGUGUCUUAAAAGGGAUGAGAGGAAACAAAUUUUAUUUAAAGACCAGCAUCUUUUAAGAGGUCAGACCAUGUGUGGCAGAAAACUGGGAAAUCUGGUGUUCUGUUCCUGGAUUUGACGUGUGUGGUGGUGAGCAGGUCAUACUCUCUCCAUGCCUGUUUCCCUGUCUCUAAAAUGGGACUAAUAAUACUUACCUAUCUCACAAGGGUGUUGUGAGGCUUAAUUAAUUCAUGUUUUUGUAAAAUGCUUUGAAAAUAUAAGAUAGUGUGUUCUAAGUUAUUACUCUUGGUUUUUAAAAUGUGCUGCAGUCUGACGUUCUUAAAUAUUCAUGGUUUUUGCCUGGUGCUAGACCUUAGUUAUAUUUAACUUUUUAAAAAUACAUACCCCUUUCU